CUGCGGGCGUGUGCUUCCGGCCGGGGCGUCGACGUCGGCCGGCUGCGCAGGGUACCGCUUUGGGUUCUUCGGCUGCCGCUGUACGCAUCGUGCACGCCCCGAGGCGCUGAGUGUCGUGUCUUCUCGCCGUAGGCCGUGACGACAUGAGCAGCAAAGAAGGAUCAGGAGGGUUCAGGAAAAGGAAGCAUGACAAUUUCCCACAUAACCAGAGAAGAGAAGGGAAGGAUGUUAAUUCCUCUUCACCUGUGAUGUUGGCCUUCAAAUCAUUUCAGCAGGAACUUGAUGCAAGACAUGACAAAUACGAGAGACUUGUGAAACUUAGUCGGGAUAUAACUGUUGAAAGUAAAAGGACAAUUUUUCUCCUCCACAGGAUCACAAGUGCUCCUGAUAUGGAAGAAAUACUGACUGAAUCAGAAAUUAAAUUGGAUGGUGUCAGACAAAAGAUAUUGCAGGUAGCCCAAGAGCUCUCAGGAGAAGACAUGCAUCAGUUCCACAGAGCCAUUACUACAGGACUGCAGGAAUAUGUGGAGGCUGUCUCUUUUCAACACUUCAUCAAAACACGAUCACUUAUCAGUAUGGAUGAAAUUAAUAAACAAUUGAUUUUUUCAACAGAAGACAAUGGGAAGGAAAAUAAGACUCCCUCUUCUGAUGCACAGGAUAAGCAAUGCGGUACCUGGAGACUGAAAAUCACGCCUGUUGAUUACCUUCUGGGAGUGGCUGAUUUAACUGGAGAGUUGAUGCGAAUGUGUAUUAACAGUGUCGGGAAUGGGGACAUUGACACCCCCUUUGAAGUGAGCCAGUUUUUACGUCAGGUUUAUGAUGGGUUUUCAUUCAUUGGCAAUACUGGACCUUAUGAGGUUUCUAAGAAGCUGUAUACCUUGAAACAAAGUCUGGCCAAAGUGGAGAAUGCUUGUUAUGCCUUGAAAGUCAGAGGUUCAGAAAUUCCAAAACAUAUGCUGGCAGAUGUCUUUUCAGUUAAAACAGAAAUGAUUGAUCAAGAAGAGGGCAUUUCUUAGAGUAACAUUACUCAGUUUUCUUUCUCUUAAGAACUCCUAAGAGAGACCAAUUUGUAAGACUGUUAUUUAGUAUAUCAUUUGACUUUAUUGUGGCUUUAGAAAUGGUUUUAGUUGUACUUGUUUUAAAUUGUAUACAGGCUGUACAUAAAAUUACCGAAACGAAUCAUUUCUUAUAUCUUACUCGUGAAAAUUUGCAUACAGAUGUUUGCUUAUAUGCCUGUUUGACUUCUUGCUGGCUAAACCUCAUCAUUUAUCUUUGUAAAUGUGAACAUGCUUCAGAGUGCACUUUCUGCCGUACCUGUUUUAAUUUAGUGUGUGUGAAUUUUGGAGUGGUAAUAUUUAGUGGAAGACAUUUAUAGUUUAAGUUGGUGAUUUUUUAAAAAUACAUAUUUAGACAUCUGGACUUGAGCUUCCUGUUUAAAUUUCUUGAUAAUAUUGUGCCAAGCCUCCAAAAUAGGCUUAAUCCGUAGACCAAGAAUUUAAAAUCACAUUACCAGUAUACUUUAUGAGGUAUUAUAAUGAGAAUUCAUGUUAUAUUCUGGCUAAUUUUAGGUCAUUUUGAAUCCAUAUGAAACAGCCUUCCAGAAAAAUUGACAGGUACCCAGAUGUUAGUUUCUACAUUUAAUUUUUGUCCUUUAUCACAGAAAGUCUGAUAGAGAAUUGGCACUAACAUUGUAAUAUUUUCACUGAUGUUUGAGUUGAAUUGUAUACUUGCACAUACAACUGAAAAAGUAGUGAUUAUUUAGCAGUUUUUGUUGUUGUUGUCAUUAUAUUUCAUUAGGCAUGUUUGGAGGCUUUCCUGUUCUAACGUCUAUCAGAAAUUACAUCUGAAUAAUUAUAAUGAAGUUUUGAAAAUUCUGAAAUAUUAAGUUAAUCCAAAUCUUUAUAGUUGUCCAGUUGUGUUAAUGCAUAGUAUGAAAAGUUGCCAAAGAAGAUUUAUCACGUACAAUUCAGCAAUAAGGCAGUUGUCAACACAGUUGGGAAUAGCAAGUAGUAUAGCAAGUAGUAGAAGUAGUCUCACUAGUAAUAUUUAGAAUUGGAAUUUGCCUACUGAAAUUAGUUAUUUUAGGAAUAUUAGGAAUUAGUUAUAUUAGGAAUUUGCCUACUGAAGAUAGUUGUACCAUUCACUGUGGCGUGAAACUGACUUGAGCAUGGCACUGUUGGCUGACAACUAGACAUUUCCAUUUGGUUUUGUGAGUUUUGAGAAUCUAGAUACUGGAUUUUAUUUUUGGAAAGAUUAGCAGCUCUGUUUGCAAGGGCUUAUUCUUGGAAAGGGUAAUUUUCCAAAAAUGAUCACCUAAAGGAAAAUAAAAUAUAUACAUGCCUAAUAGAUUAGGUUUGUUUGUUUGUUUUGGUGGCAGUAAGUUUUUUCGGUUUCCCUACUCAAAGAUAUACAGCUGAAAUAUAGUUUUAUUACAUAUUUUUGUUUCCUCUGCCACUUGAAGUUAAAUUUAUAAUGUUAAAAGUAAAGUAAUAAUGGAUUGAUGAAUGUCUUACAGAUGUUUAAAACUGAACUCUUUGAAUAAAAUAUUAAAAUAUAAAAGUUAAGCUUAUUUUUUGGUCAAUUGAGAAAUACUUAAUCAAACUGUUACAGACUUUUUAGCCUAAACAGGAAACUUGAUACAGACUCGCUUAAUGUGUAGAUUUAUGAUUUCUUAAAAUGGGUCCAGAAGUAGGGAGAGUUUCAGGAAAGACAUCUUUUCAGAUCUCAUUGACCUAGACUGGGUAACUUUCCAAUCCCUCAAAACCAGCUAGUGGAAAGGAGGAUGAGAUCACCUCGAUAGAUCAAGGUGCCCUUUAUCUGAGAGAAGAGUGAACACAAGAAACCGAAUUAAGGUGUUGCCAUCUUAGGGGAAGGGGAAAUGGCCUUUAGGUCCACAGUCAGCAGUAUCUGCUACAGGUGGAUUGGUUCUGGGCCUAUUGAUACAUUUCUACAUUGCAUGUUAUACUAAUACAGUGGGUGUUAGACCAGGAUGGUAGAGGAUCUCUUAAAUAUAUCUUGAAUGUCUCAGGUUUAAAAUGGUUGCUCUGAUAUCAUCACCUGUGGUGAUGUUUUUCAUCUUUAUUAAAAAGAAACUGGUUCUAGGUAACAUGGCAAGUUCCUGAGAAAUUCUAAAAUAAAAUUGGGUUAUUUCCUUCAUAA